UCGACAUCAAAAACGCCGACUGCAGAUCGAAAGCGACAGGAACGCAGUCAAGCACGGCCCAGCCAAUUCCACCACGGUCCGCCGGUAUACACGUUGACUGGACGAGAGCGACCAUCCAAUCUCCCUGCCCCACAUGCGUGUCGAGGCUUUUUAGUUUCGGGGCUGUGCUGAGGAUCGUCGCCUACCCCUUAACAUCCGUUCAGUUAUACCAUUGUCACUUUUUACUCCGUAUAACUACUGCGGAAGUUCAGCUGUCGAUACUUCUCCACGUAAAUCGUUGGACCACCUGAGAACGGUCCCGCCAGAUCGUCGAGUCCUCUUGUCACAGGCUGGAAACUGGCUUUGAGUAGUGGUCUGUGUCGCAUCAAGACAGGCGUGGAGCAAGACCGAGACAUACAUACACCACAACCAGGACCAUGAACCAAGGGAUUGGCCCUUACCGCUUCGGCCUACCCGACGACGGGUUGGCUAUAUACCGCGAGGGACAAGUGCUCGAGCAAUAUCUGUCGUGCGACGAGUACUUCUGGUGGCAGAAACUGAGGGUUGGUAAGAAGGUGUUCAAGUUCCCUGCGUACAGUCCCACCACGGAGGAACAGAAAGUGAAGGUGUGGAAGUCAUUCCGGGCUCUGGAGAAAGUGGAGCGACCCAUGGAGGGUGCUGUCAAUCUGGAAAGACCGAAGUUUGGCGAGUUCCAAUUGACCUGGUUGUCGGUCUCAGAGCUCCGACAGGCGAAGAUGAUCCUGGAGGCCGAGGGCGCCAGCGAUUAUGCCAUUUAUAUCCAGGCUAUAGGAAACGCCCUCAAGCGUGAGGGGAAGUCAGAUAAGACCGCGAAAGGAUCCUCAUGUUUUCCUACCGGUCUGUUCUGCUGUGAAUGCUGUUGGUGAGAGAAGAUCGGACUACCUGGACUUAACUCCGGUGGAUCAGUCCAACUAUGUAUAUACCCAUUUGCUUUCGAAUCUUGGAUUUCAAAUUUCACAUAUUUCAGGUGCUCUUGCGAAAUUCCGUCAUGAAAUAUGAAGUGUUUCCGGUCUGCUACUAUCCCAUCAUAGUGAACGAAAAAAAGUCGCGAGAGCGUGAUGAAACCCGAAGCAGAUAAAGACCUACACUUCCUUAGAACUGGGGU